AUGAAAUUGAUGGAGGCUAAAAAGGAAUCUGAUGAGGUAGAAGAGAAUGAAGAUAAAAAUUAUGGAGGAGUAAAAACAAGAAAAAAGCUUAAGGAUAUGUAAACUUAAAAAGAAUCUGUAAAACCAGAAAAAUUUGAAAAAAUCUAAUCUGAGCAAAUUUAGAUACCUAGAAAAUCUCACGAAAUUAAAAAAUCAAAUCUAUGUACAAACCCAAAUUCAAUUUAAAAAGCAUAGUUUUAAUAAAAAGAAGCUGAACAAAUUUUAAGUAAUAAAAUAACAAAUUAGUAAUAAUUGUAGUUGAUAAAUUAAUAUCAAAAUCAAAAAUAGUAAAUAAUUUUCCAACAAACUACUGAGCAGCAAAUUUAAUAAGCAGCUUAAUAUCAAAUGCUAAUGAAUGGAGUAAGUUAGGCUUAAUACAUGAUUCAUCAUGAUCCUAGCUUAAUAUUUACUUAACUCUUAACAUCUAUUCCAUUGAUGUAAUAGCAAUAAACUAUUAACUAGCUAUCAAUUGAAGCCUAAUAAAGAAUACAGUACAUUUAAUACCUCUUGCUUCAAGAUAAUAUCAACAAGGAGUAUCUAAAUAUUCUCUUGCUAAAUGAAGAUCCCAAUAUUCAAAGUAUGAUUCCACUAGUUAUAUUAUGGGGAUUAAACAUGUAAAAUAUCAGAGAUUAUGUUAUUUAUUUUAUGAAAUUUGGAGUUUAAAAUUCAAAUUACUCUAAGUUACAUAGAAAAAUAAGGAGCAGCAUUGACUAAUCGAGCCUAAAAGAUAUUAGAGAGGAUAUUUUUAUGGAAUUUUCAAACUAGUUUUUUGAAUUUCAAAAAAUUGUAUUGACAAAUCUCAAGGAAUUCUAGGAGAUUCCCUAGUUUUUAUUCAUAGGAUUCAAUUUUAUUUAGCUUGUUUACAGAGAUUACGAGAUAGGUUUAAUCAGGAAUUUUUGUAAAAAGUUGGUUGUAAAUAAACUUGUUUAGCUAAUCAAUAUGAAAAAUGACUUAGAUAUGGAAUGGGAUUAAGUAUAUGAUACCUAUAUAUUAUGCAGACUUAUUAGAAGACAUGGCUAUGGAGAGUAUGAAAAAAUAAUUAAUGAUUAACUCUGGGUAGCCACAAGACCCUAAUUUAUUCAAAAUCUGAUCAAACCAAACUAAAAUAUCACAGCUUUAAAUCAAUAUGUGAGUUUCCUCAAAACUCGAAAUGAAAAUGACAAUUUAAAAGAUGCUUAAAUACUGUAGCCAGCCUUGAGAGUGCCAAGGUUUAUUCUAUAUUAAAAACUUUCAGGUGUAUCAAUAAAAUAAGUUAAGGAGUAAUUUUUCAUAGACGAUUAAAAUCCUUAAACACUUGGAAAUGUAAUAGGAUUUAAUUCAUACAUAGAUGAGUAUUGUAUUGGAAGAAUGGAUCAAGAAGUGUAAUAGUUUAUUUAAAACAGAAGAAUAAUUGAGUGCAAUUAAAAUUGA